CGUAUUUAAUGGUUUAAAACUUUAACUAAUGCAGGAGGAAACACUCGUGUUUCUGAAUGUCUCCAGCACAUUUUGCACUCUGCAGUUUACACUAACUUCCUACAUAAGGUCAACAGAACUUUGACCGUUUCCAAACAAUGUGAUAAAUUAAAGUCCUUGGCUAAGGGUGUGGAGGAUCUCAGCUGUAUACAAAGCUCCUUGCAGCAGAUCUGCUUCUCCGCUGCUGCGUGCUGGAUGAAGCUCGGUGUGCACAGCUCAGACCUGCUGCAGACGGCAGCUGCCUUGACCAAAUGAGGAGCGUUCUCCUCCAGCUGAAGGCUGAACCAGGAUCAAACGGCGAGGAGGAAGGAAAACGUUAGAGAGCUGCAGCGAUUGGUGGCAUCGGCUGGUCAGAAUGACUGAAAGCUGAUCGAUUGGGAUUUGAUGACUUACCGUCACAAACAUGGAGAUUAAAAUCUACUGAAACUUUACAUGAUUCAGCUGUUCAACAAGCCCCACAGGUUGGUUUAUCUGAAGCAAAGGAUGGAAGGAAGUAUGAUGGAAAAAUCAUCUCAAACAUUAAAAAAGUCAUUUAAAUCAUAAAAUUAUUCCAAAUGAUCGUAAUUGUCGAUCAGAGCAUUAAGUUCAGUUUAUUGUUUAAAUAACAAGCAACAGCAGACGAUUGUCUGCGAUGUGUCGACUUUACAGCGAGAUACCAUCAGGUGUCCAGUACGAUUUCCAGUCAAACAGGAUGAUUGGUAAUAUUUUAGCUUUUUUCUUCCACCGUUUGUUCCACAAAAACGUCAAUAAAUAUUAGUAAAUUCCAAAAUAUGAUUAAAUGUAGUCACUGUGUGCGGUUUAGUGAUAUCUCACUUUUAAAGUAAUGGAAACUUUGGGAAUGUUUUAAAGUAUUUGUGUUUAUGGUGGUAUGAAUGCUGCAGUCAGACUUAUUACCUAAAAACAGGUAAUUUUUUUCAAAAUCAUGAUCUUUAUCAGAAUCACUAUAUAAAAACCUAACAAUAAAAUUCUCCGUCCACCAGUACCAUCUACAUCAUUUCACUGGUUUUUCUUUGUCUCCAGCUCAUGGAGUCUCUCCCGCCUGUAUCUACGGCCUCCUGGUCUGAGAACAGCAGCUGGUUUGUCCCGUUCGGCCCGUCGGACGCUCCAGACCCCACAGACUGGCAGACGAUCCACACCGUCAUCCCUCCCUACAUCUUCAUCCUGUCGCUGCUGGGGCUUCUCCUCAACGGCUUCGUCCUGGCCGUGUUCGCAGCCCACAGGGACCGCCUGACCGUGGCGGAGAUCUACCUGAGCAACCUGGCGCUGGCCGACUUCCUGCUGCUGUGUGGCCUGCCGUUCUGGGCCAUGUACAUCCUGAACCAGUUUAACUGGUCGUACGGAGACGCUCUGUGCAAACUGGUCAACUCCAAUAUUGUCAUCAAUUUCUACACCAGCAUCUACACGCUGGUCAUGAUUAGCAUCGACCGCUACCUGGCGCUGGUGAAAACCAUGAUGGCGCGGUGGCUGAGACGGACGCUGUAUGCUAAGAUAACCUGCUUCGUUGUGUGGAUGUUUGGGCUGCUUCUCAGUCUGCCAACCUUAGUUCACAGAAAGGUCAAGUUCAUUGAGGAAUACAAUACCACUUCCUGCAUUCUAGAUUACACCCAUGGAAGUUCCUGGAAGCUCGCCCAUCAGAUUAUGAUGAACACCUUAGGCUUCGCACUUCCUGUCCUUGUCAUUGUUUUCUGCAGCUGGAAUAUAAUCAAGGCUUUGGCUCGGAGGACGGAAAACCUCGCAUUUCAUGACUUCAACGAUACAAAGGCUACGGUGCUGGUCUAUGCCGUCACGCUGCUAUUUUUACUGUGCUGGGGUCCUUUCCAGGUCCUCACCUUCCUCGACACGCUGUGUGAUGUGGAAGUGCUGGACGGAAAGCUGUGGUCUCACACCCUCAGCCUGGGCGAUCAGGUUUCCGUGUACCUGGCCUUUCUCAACAGCCUGCUGAACCCGCUGCUCUACGUCUUCUCUGGUCAGUACUUCAGAAGGAAACUUGAUGCCGUCUGCAGGAGGGCCAGACACCAGCGCAGAGGCUCAGACAUGACCACAUAUCAGCGCUCGCUGGUGUCUACGUUUGUGAACAGAACAGAGCAAAUACGGCCGGUGGUCAUCUUUAAUGCUAAAGAUCAAAUAGGACUCUAACCACUUCCUCCUCUGCUCUUCAUAAGAUGGCACAACAAUUAAUACAGUAACUCUGCUCCGACCUGAGCAGGCGGCAUUGGUAGAGGAUGUUAUUCUGCUCUUGUCCACUUUAAUGGUUACAGACUCAAUGACAUCUUUGUCCUGAACUGUGAGCUUUUGUAUCUGUUUUCUUCCUUUUUUACACUUAUAGUCAUUUUUCAUAGAUGAACAUCUGAAGUAAAAAUUUAGCAUUCCUUCACCAAAUCCA